GGGACCGGGCGGCCCAGGCCCUCUAGCUGCAGAAGUCCGAAGCCGACAGCUGGAAAGGUGGUGGUGUCCUGGGGACCUUGUGCGAGGGGAUUGCAGACGUCUGCCUGUGAGAUAAUAGUGUGCACAGAACGAUGGCUGAUGCAAGAACUUUACUUGACACUGAAGAAUACCCCGAUACUGAGGUGCAAAAAAACCGAGUACUGACUCUGGAAGAAUGGCAAGGCAAGUGGCUGAGCCACAACAUUGGCUUUCAUCGAGACCAAGGACAUAAGCUAUUAAAGAAGCAUCUAGAUCUUUUUCUGAAGGGCGAAAGUGGACUAAGGGUGUUUUUUCCUCUUUGUGGAAAAGCCGUCGAGAUGAAAUGGUUUGCAGACCGGGGACACAGUGUAGUUGGUGUAGAAAUCAGUGAACUUGCCAUACAGGAAUUUUUCCUGGAGCAGAAUCUUUCUUACUCAGAAGAACCGAUUGCUGAAAUUCCUGGAGCUAAAGUGUUUAAGAACUCUGCGGGGAAUAUCACGUUGUACUGUUGCAGCAUUUUUGAUCUUCCCAGAGUCAAUGUUGGAAAAUUUGACCGGGUUUGGGAUAGAGGAUCGUUAGUAGCUAUUAAUCCAGCCGAUCGAAAGUGCUACGUGGAUGUGAUGCUGUCCCUGCUGAGUAGGGGGUUUCACUACCUCCUGGCGGUCGUUUCUUAUGAUCCUACAAAACAUGCAGGCCCACCAUUUUAUGUUCCUGAUGCUGAAAUUAAAAUGUUGUUUGAUGCAAAGUGCAAUAUUCGUUGUAUUGAGAAGGUCAAUGCAUUUGAAGAGCGACAUAAAAGUUGGGGAAUCGACUACAUUUUUGAAAAGUUGUAUCUACUCACUGAAAAGUAGAUCAGACGUAAAUAAAAAGGACAUCAUCACUGUAGUUUUGAGGUUUGGGGGGGCCUUUGGAAAUUAUGCCAAGAUAUGAAAACAUAAUGGAUGAAUUCUUUUCUAAAAAAAUUAUUCAUAAAUCAUAGAACGUUGCUUACAAAUGCACAGAACUUUUUAGGAGAAAGGGGUGUCAGAUUAGCUCUCCUGCAGAAGAGACUAUGUUUCAGGACAAAAGAUUAAACACCUGCGUGUGAACGUGUGCGUGUCUUUCCGAAUGAAGGAAUUCAUUAUAGUCAGCAUGUAGACUGCAGCAACAUUGCUCAAAGAAGAAAAGAAAAAUGCAAUUUUAGGCAACUAACAGAAAAAUAAUACAUCUGGAAAAACUGACUGUGUUUCAGGAGUUUAAAAUAACUAAAGAAAGGUACUACUUCAAUCAAGAUCAAGUUAGUCUAAGAAAUUAUGUAAACAUUAACUUUUACUAUCAGCCCUCAUCUUAAUGUUCAAAUUCUGGCACCUCUUUUGACCUUUUCUUUAUGUGUGAUUUUAUAUAUGUAACCGAAUCAAGAAAGAGAAACUUUUAAUUAAAUGAAUCAACCUACAUGGAGCACAAUCUUUUUUUUCUGAAGUUAUGAAUACAUUUCUAAAACUUUC